UUCUUAUGCACUCCAGCUCCCCUAUCAGUUCCUUGUUCUCCUUUACCAGCCCUGCAGUGAAAAAGCUGCUGGGCUGGAAACAAGGAGAUGAGGAGGAAAAGUGGGCCGAAAAAGCUGUUGAUGCCUUGGUGAAGAAGUUAAAGAAGAAAAAAGGUGCCAUGGAGGAACUGGAAAGGGCUCUGAGUUGUCCGGGUCAGCCCAGUAAAUGUGUCACCAUCCCACGUUCCUUGGAUGGGCGGCUGCAGGUCUCUCACCGCAAAGGUCUUCCCCAUGUCAUCUACUGCAGAGUGUGGCGCUGGCCUGAUUUACAGUCUCACCAUGAGCUGAAACCACUGGAAUGUUGCGACUUCCCAUUUGGUUCAAAGCAGAAAGAAGUGUGCAUUAACCCCUACCAUUACAGGCGGGUGGAAACCCCAGUCUUACCUCCUGUACUUGUCCCAAGACACAGCGAGUUUAACUCUCACCUCAGCCUCCUUGACAAGUUUCGAAACACUUCUCUGCACAGUGAGCCGCUGAUUCCGUACAAUGCCACCUAUCCUGAUUCUUUCCGGCAUCCUCCAUGCACCCGUUUUCCACCAUUACCCAGCCACAUGUUCUCGCAGUCACCUAACAGCAUCAGCUACCUCAGCUCACCAGGAAGCUCUUCUGGACUAGGAAGUCCCUAUCAGCUCACAGUGGAAACUCCACCCCCACCUCACCAUGCAAGAGAACCUCUAGGAAACCACAAUGGGCAGUCAAUGGAUGCAAUAGCUGAAAGUCAACUAGUGCUGUCUUUGCCCAAUGGAGGUCAAUCUGCCCAUGGAGAAGCUGAAAAUUUUCAUCCUGUUUGCUUUGAGGAACCCCAGCACUGGUGCUCUGUUGCCUACUAUGAACUCAACAACCGGAUAGGGGAGACUUUCCAGGCUUCCCCUCGAAGUAUCCUUAUAGAUGGAUUUACAGAUCCCUCCAAUAACAAAAACAGGUUCUGCCUAGGACUGCUAUCAAAUGUAAACCGCAAUUCUACUAUAGAAAGCACCAGGAGACACAUAGGAAGAGGUGUUCAUCUUUACUAUGUUGGUGGGGAAGUUUAUGCUGAAUGUGUCAGUAACAGCAGUAUUUUUGUGCAAAGCCGCAACUGUAACUAUCAGCAUGGGUUCCACCCAGCUACUGUCUGCAAGAUCCCCAGUGGCUGCAGCCUCAAGAUCUUCAACAACCAGCUUUUUGCCCAGCUGCUUGCCCAGUCAGUCAAUCAUGGUUUUAAAGCGGUGUACGAGCUGACCAAGAUGUGUACUAUUCGAAUGAGCUUCGUUAAAGGCUGGGGAGCAGAGUAUCAUCGCCAAGAGGUUACAAGCACACCCUGCUGGAUUGAGAUUCACCUUCAUGGACCAUUGCAAUGGCUGGAUAAGGUGUUGACACGGAUGGGCUCACCUCAGAGCCCCAUCUCCUCAGUCUCUUAAGAAUCAUCUCUA